AUGUCUUCCGCUGCGCUGCAAACAGCACCUCAUCAACCGACAACUGUCUCAUCGCAUUCUCCCGUGCCAGCAACAGCAGCGUCUUCGAACAGGGCAUAUACAUCGGCACCCUCGCAGCCGCGCGAUCCCUACUACAGUCAAACCGCUUCGAACGCGUCUCCGUCGUCAAACCGGCGAACCAGUAGACGACCCAGCGGCAAUGGCGCAUCGAAUAAUAAUAAUAACCCACAACAACAACAACAAGACGAAGAAGUUCAAGCAUACUAUCACUCGUCCUCGGGCACUGCCGCGAAUGCCGCAUCGAUGACGAGCCGAGUCGCAAAUCCCUCGAGUCACGCAUCUUCCCCAGUUACGACAGCAGCGAGUCCUGCAACAGGCUACCCAGCCAUGAUGGCCCCAGGGGAUCAUCAACGCGGCGUGCCGCCAGUCGUCUCGCCUCGGACGUCUUCCAACCGAAACGCGGUGCAUGCGAAUGCGGCAGCCACUGAGCGAAGCUCGAGAAGGGAGAGAUACGCCCCUGAGUCUACGACGUCUCCACGAAUAUCAUCCCGCGAAGGCCGGCAGGAUAGGGAUAAGGAUCGGGAAGAUAGGCAGCGAAGCAAUGGCAAUACACAAGUAAAUGGGGCUGAUAGAGGGCCGGAUGAUCCAGCAGCUGCUAGCCGCGCUAGACGAAGGGCACAACCACAGUCGGGCGAAGCCCUUCCCCAUAGACCCAGCGGAACUCGAGACUCCCGGUCAGGACAGGCCUCACCAGCACAAAGACCAUCAGCAGGGAGAGCACACUCAUCAAGCGGCGUAUCGAGAGACGGAGGCGAGAUUUUGAACCGCGUGGUUGUUAGUAAACCUGAAGUCGACAUAGACAGGGAACGUGAGCGUAUGGCAGAAGCUGUGCCAUCUUCUCCAGCAUCCCAAGCUAUCCCCAGAGGGGGGUUGGCCGUUGUGGGUAGUGAAGGCAUUGAUGAUGAGAGACGAGGGACUAGCCGCAGCCGGCAUGACCACAGCUCUAGCAAGCGGGAGAAGAAUAGCAAGUUCGGCGACUACUACUUAGGUAAUACUCUGGGAGAAGGCGAGUUUGGAAAAGUCAAGAUGGGGUGGAAGCAGGAAGGUGGCGUACAGGUGGCUAUCAAGCUUAUUCGCCGCGACAGCGUCGGCACCAAUCCCACUAGACUUGCAAAGAUCUACCGUGAGAUCGCUAUCCUCCGCGAGAUAUCCCAUCCGAAUAUUGUACGAUUACAUGAGAUGGUUGAGACGGAAAAACAGAUUGGUAUAAUCUUGGAGUACGCUUCUGGCGGAGAGCUGUUCGACUAUAUUCUCAAUCACCGGUAUUUGAAAGAUAAUGCUGCCCGCCGGCUCUUUGCGCAAUUGGUAUCAGGCGUGGGAUAUCUGCAUAAGAAGGGGAUUGUUCACCGAGAUCUUAAGCUUGAGAACUUACUCCUCGAUCGCAACCGGAACAUCAUCAUAACCGACUUCGGGUUCGCCAAUACCUUUAGCGCAGAUGACGAAUUGGGAGAAGAAAUUGAAUACAACCUCUCCAGUCGAGACUUUGUGAAGAGAAUGGAUCUUGAUAAGAUCCUGCCGAACGGGUACAGGCGAGGCGACUUGAUGCAGACCAGUUGUGGAAGUCCCUGCUAUGCUGCCCCAGAACUUGUCGUAAGCGACUCGCUGUAUACCGGCCGCAAAGUUGACGUAUGGAGCUGUGGUGUUAUAUUAUAUGCAAUGCUAGCUGGCUACCUCCCCUUUGACGAUGAUCCAGCCAAUCCCGAAGGCGACAACAUCAACCUCCUCUAUAAAUAUAUCGUGUCGACACCUCUCACCUUCCCCGAGUAUGUAACACCUCACGCGCGCGACCUUCUCCGACGCAUCCUUGUCCCGGAUCCGCGAAAACGUGCAGAUCUCUUUGAAGUCGCAAGACAUAGUUGGUUGAGCGAGUAUUCUCAUGUGGUGGGCUUCAUUACUAGCAGCACUUCUACCACCCAAGACAUUGCCAAGGCAAGCAUUGGCACUAUAGAUCAGCAAGAAGCACCUCACCUCGCGAGGAGCGCUUCCGUCAGAGAGCCAUCGAAAACACAGAAGAGUCCACCAGCUGUUGGUGACCUCAGCAGGAAGCAUGGGAAUUUGGAUCCGGAUGCCAGUGAGGCGCACCCCAAGCCUCAGAAGGACAACAAACGGAGGACCGUUCAAGUGGAAUAUGUCGCACCUCGAUCACAAACACAACGUGGAGAGCAGACGACUGCCACCGCGCCAUCAGGACCAUCAAGGACACGGGCUCGUGCUGGCAGUGGAGGCCCAGUCGAAGUGCAACCGAUACAACCCACAAGCAGAAGGACUGUGUCUGUUGAAAAACCCCUGCCACAAGAUCCUCCAAAGUCUCGAGAUGCGCAAUAUUCCAAUCAGGCAAGGCGGCCAUCAAGCUCCCAACGCCAACAGGGCAUGCCUCCACCAUCCCGCCCUGGGCGAGAGCCACCUCGGUCCGUUUCUGAUCACGCUCAUAUAGCGAGUCUAGCCGGCCCCCCAGUAUCAAUUGCUCGCCCAAACACUGGAGGCUCGAUGACAUCUACGGGAAGUCGACCAGGAACGCUACCACUCAACAACCGCGGCUCGUAUAGUCAGCCUGCGGCGCCCACAGUAGCUGGAACCAACGCACAUGGACGGAUGUCACAGCCGCAGAAUUAUAACAUCUCGGGCCAAGCGAUGCAGGAUGGUGAUGAAUAUGGCCGUCCCGACUCCCGCCGAGUUCCAGCCAAAUUUGCAAAGGUGGCAGGUCUCCAGGAAGGGGCCGCGGUUCCUGAGCAAAAAGGGCACAAGAGGUCAAAUACAAUUGGCGGUUUCUUCAGCAGAAGCAACUCUGUCUUCGGAGGGAAAUCUGGACGGAAAGAUGUAGAACUCGGGCAAGAUAGACCUGAAAAGCAAAAGAAAUACCCACCAGUUAGCAUGUCCGGUGCAAUAGGCCAUGGCCAAACGGAUACUCCUAGACAAUCGAUGGAUUCUCGCCGGUCAAUAUCAUUUGGAUUUGGUAAGAAGCGAAGCGGGAGCAUGACAGGAUCGCAAACUACUCUUCAGGAGAAGCCGCGAAGGUUCUCUCUACUUCCGUCUGGUUUUUCGCUGAAAGCCAUCGGGAUCGGUAAGGAUUACGUGACACCUGGGGCUCCGGCUUCAGAUCAACAAUUCGACUCGCGUCCUAACAGCCGGGGGAACUACCUAGGACCUCCCCAGUCCGCCCGUACCGACCCGACUCGCAAUAUUAGCGGCGCCACUGCCAUUCACCCCUCUACUGCUGAUGGCUCAUAUGACUACCAGCGUGACAGUCCCGUGCAAGAUUAUCGUGGACCUGCCACUGCUAUCCCAGCCCAACCUCGAUACGCAUCCCAUGGCCAGGCCUCAGAUCCUCGCUCUGGGGCGCCCCCUCAAUUCCUUCCGCCUCUAAACUUCCGACAAGAGGAGGCAGGGCUAACCACGGAAUCCGAGUCGUCACUCACCGAUUUCCAGAACCAACGCGGCGCCGGAGCCUAUCCUACUGGGUUUAAUGCGUACGAGACCGAUCACCGGCCGGCGGCGACUAGUAGAGGAGGCAAUGGGCGGGGAGUGUUGCAGAAGAACAACCGCAAGUUCACUGAUGCAUAUGAUCAAGAAGUUAGCAAUGGAUACCGACCAACGCACGUGGAUCAUGCCGGGACGAGUUCCGCAGCGCGGAAAGUAAUGGAUGCUUUUAGGAGGCUAGGAAGAAGCCGAGGCGGAGAACGAUGA